AUGGCAUCUCAGUCAACCAAAUGGGCUAACCCUUUAUCAUUUCUCUCCAAUCUCCAGGGGCUUCAGCUGUCCAACUGCAGGAUUUUCGGAAAAAUUCCUACACAGCAGCUUCUCAACCUAACUAGUCUUUCUGUCCUGGCAAUGGAUUUCAAUUCGCUUUCAUCUCCGAUUCCAUCUUACUUAUCAAAUCUUACCUCUCUUUUUGUGCUCGAUCUCACCAACACUUGGCCUCAACUAGAAAUUCUUGAUAUCUCAGCUACACAAGUUCAAGAACCAUUGCCCACCUCUUUUGCCAACACCACCUUAUUACGCUAUUUCAGAGCUCAAAAUUGCCUACUUCGGGGGCCAUUACCGGCUUCCAUGAUGAACCUUUCAAAGUUAGAAAGGUUAGAGCUUGAUUUUGUUGUUGCUAAUGGUAGAGAAUGCUAA